AUGGAAAGCAAUCAGACAUGGAUCUCAGAAGCCAUCCUGCUGGGAUUUCAGGUGGAUCCAGCAUUGGAAUUUUUCCUCUUUGUGCUUUUCUCUCUAUUCUAUGCCCUCACCCUACUAGGGAAUGGGGUCAUUGUGGGGCUCAUCUGCCUGGAUUCGAGGCUGCACAACCCCAUGUACUUCUUCCUCUCCCAUCUGGCCAUUGUUGACAUGUCCUAUGCCUCAAACAAUGUUCCCAAGAUGCUGAUAAAUCUCGUGAACCAGAAAAGAACCAUCUCUUUUGUUCUGUGUAUAAUGCAGACUUUUUUGUACUUGGCUUUUGCUCACACAGAGUGCCUGAUUUUGGUGGUGAUGUCCUAUGAUAGGUACGUGGCAAUCUGCCACCCCCUACAUUACUCUGUCAUCAUGAGCUGGAGAGUGUGCACUGUCCUAGCUGUCACUACCUGGGUAUUUAGCUUCCUCUUGGCCAUGGUCCAUGUGGUUCUAAUCCUGAGGCUGCCCUUCUGUGGACCUCAAAAAAUCAGUCACUUUUUCUGUGAAAUCCUGUCUGUCCUCAAGCUGGCCUGUGCUGACACGAGGCUCAACCAGCUUGUCAUCUUUGCAGCCUGUGUGUUUAUCUUACUUGGGCCUCUCUGCUUGGUGCUGGUCUCCUACACUCGCAUCCUUGUUGCCAUCCUGAGGAUCCAGUCCAGGGAGGGACGCAAAAAAGCCUUCUCCACCUGCUCCUCCCACCUCUGCAUGGUUGGGCUCUUCUUUGGCAGCGCCAUUGUCAUGUACAUGGCCCCCACGUCCCGCCACCCUGAGGAGCAGCAGAAGAUCCUUUCCCUGUUUUACAGCCUUUUCAACCCUAUGCUGAACCCUCUGAUCUAUAGCCUGAGGAAUGCAGAGGUGAAGGGUGCCCUGAGGAGAUUGCUGUGCAAAGAAAGGCCAAUGUGA